AUACCGACUUGCCCAUGCCUAAGGCCCUUCACUUUCAUCUAUCCUGAGAGUCCAGAACGUUGCCGUUAUAACCAGACAUUCGAAAUUACAGUUGAUGACGUCUGUAUGAUGCGUAGAGAGGCUGGGAAUGGACCUUCGCCGACGUAUAUAAAGACUGCAAACGAAUAUACCAUUCUCCUGUGUGAGAAUCUGCUACAGAACACUCAUCUGCAUUCGAACAUUUAAUAUGGCUGCAGUCCUUAACGAAGUCCAUUCAAGCGGUCUUCAUGACUUGCGCGGCGUUGUGGCCGUUCUCACAGGAGGUGCCUCAGGUAUAGGAAACAUGAUCGCAACGACCCUCCUGUCGAACGGUGCUACAGUGUUCAUUAUCGAUCGGAAUCAGAGUCUUCUCGACAACGUCACAAAAACGUAUAAUGAGGCCGCACAGAAGACCAAUUUACGCAGUCGUCUGAUCGGAAUCGUUGGCGAUAUAGGCACAAAGUCAGAGGCAAAGCGCCUUGCUGAAGAGGUUGGAAAGCACACACCAUACGUCACAGUCCUCUUUAACAACGCCGGUGUUUUGGAAGGUGGUUUCACCCCACCAACAAAAGCAAAAGCCGCAGACUUCGUUGACGCGUUCUUCAACAAUGUGUCCGAAGAGGCAUUCGACAAUGUCCUUCGUAUCAACGCUGUUGGUCCUUACUGGCUGACCUUUGCCUUCCUUCCCCUUCUGGAGAAAUGGAAGGAGCAUGGAUAUGGCGAGGAAGGCCGAAGAUUCCCUCCUCAGGUCAUCAUGACCAGCAGUAUGAAUGGUUGGACAAAGGACUCUGACACUGCCCGAAGCUACCCCUAUAUCUUCUCCAAGUCAGCUAUUGGGCAUGCUACAGCGACGCUGGCUCGUGAACUCCUGCCUCUCGGUAUACGAGUGAACGGAAUUGCACCCGGUCUCUUCGUCUCCGGGAUGUCUGUUCCUGGGUCUACAGAUGAAUUUGGUCAAUCUCAUACCGACCGCACUGAAUUCGAUUUCAAAAUUCCUGUAUCUCAACUUCCAAAAGAACUGGGCGGCCCUUCGAACGUAGGAGGGUCUAGGAGGGACAUCGCCUCCUUGGUGUUAUUCCUCCUCAGCAACUGGUUCGUGAACGGGGAGACCGUUCUCAUCGAUGGAGGCGUAAGUGCUUUUUCCAAAUUCCUGUACCGCAUCUGUUAUCCCAGGGCUCACAAGUUUUGCAGAGUUUGCUUGUUCACGCCUCUUCGUACUAAGCAAGGAAUCAGAACAACCUCGUCCUCACAUGUCUUGCUAUUAUCCAUGUGUACCGAACCACUACCCAAUGUGUCGCGUUCGGAUGAUGGACAUAUUAUUGCACAGUCAGUAUUAGGGAUUAACCGUGUACAUAUUGAAUAACCAAAAUUGGUACAAUACUUUUAUGAUACAUAACAAUGCUCAGCCCGCC